AAACCACAGGAUACACGGCACGGCGCCCUGCCAGUGGCACUAACCGUGGUGAGAAUGAGGGCGGUGCCAGGAUGGUUGUACGGGAACAUGUGGAAUUAAGUAACAUCGCAAUAGCCGAGGAGUUCAACAAUUAGAUACCCGUUAUUAAGAUUUAUCCUGCAGUCGCUGAAUACUUGCAUGAAUGAAUGAGUUGAAUAUGGCGGAAUCCUACUUAUUGGCAUUCAGACAAUGGUAGUCCGUAUAAAUGAUCUGAUUGUGACAGUAUUUGGUAGUCGGGUAGUAAUCGUGCUGCAAGCCUGCGACAUACAUUUUCGGAAUUCAAUAUACCCUUUUAGAGCUUCGAGAACAGGGUACGAAAAUGGAAUGCCACGCCGUGAACACUCCUUAAUUAAUUUCCAUGCGAAUGCGGGCGCCAUAAGCUGGAAAGGCGCCGCAGGAUGUGUCCAGAGCGGGGCCACCGGAGCUAUGCAAACUUAUGGUUUAGGAGGAAGUUGGCGCUGGCCCCCGCCAUGGGCCAGUGUCAGUCGGUUUCUGCACUCGGGACUUACCAGUUUGGCCGUCGACGUCUGCACAAACGGCAUCGGCGUGGACAAGAGCGAUGGGCAACAAAGUUGUGACAUUCACCGAGCAGCAAUUGGAUGACUACCAGGAUUGCACGUUCUUCACGCGCAAGGAGAUCCUGCGCGUCCACAAACGGUUUCGUGAGCUACGCCCGGAUUUGGUGCCCCGCCAAAUGACUGAGGGUCAGGCCUCGAGUGUCAAGGUUCCCUGCGAGUGCAUUGAGAAGAUGCCCGAGUUGCGUGAGAAUCCCUUUCGCCGUCGCAUCUGCGAGGCCUUCUCACGCGAUGGCCAGGGCAAUCUGUCGUUUGAGGACUUUCUGGACGCUCUCUCUGUCUUCAGCGAGCAGGCGCCGAGAGACAUUAAAGUUUUCUACGCUUUCAAAAUUUAUGAUUUCGAUCAGGACGGCUUCAUUGGGCAUGCCGACCUCAUGUCCUGCCUGACGACAAUGACCAGGAACGAGCUCAGUCCGGAGGAGCACCAGCAGAUUGCCGACAAGGUAAUCGAGGAGGCCGAUGUCGAUGGCGAUGGCAAGCUAUCAAUUUUGGAGUUCGAGCAUGUCAUCCUCCGGGCCCCCGACUUCCUCUCCACCUUCCACAUCAGAAUAUAAAAUU